UCGCCAUAAUGGCUUUCUACGCAGAGUCGUGGCUAACCGAGGUGUUGGUAGCCCUGUCGCUGGUAGUGGCGGCAGUGUACGCGUGGUUCUCGUACUCUUAUAAGUACUGGCAAAGGAAGGGUGUGCCCUACCUCGAGCCGCGGUUCCCCUUCGGCAAUGUCUACAACAGCUUCGUGGGAAAGAUGUCCGGGCCGAUCGAACUGAAUGAAGCUUACCUGCAGUUUAAAGGCCAACGCUUCGGCGGAGUAUAUUUCUUUAACCGACCGAGUCUCAUGAUAGUGGACCCAGAUUUGAUCCGGACAAUUCUCGUAAAGGACUUCUGGACCUUCCAGGACAGAGGAAUAAAGACGGACGAAAAUGAACCUCUCAACGGCCACCUUUUUCGACUUGGCGGGAACAAAUGGAGGAGGCUGCGUGUGAAGCUGACGCCCACGUUCACUUCUGGCAAGAUGAAGAUGAUGUUCCAGACGCUAGCGGACUGCGGCCGCGAGAUGGGGGAGGUGAUGGAGGAGCCCGCGUCCAGAGGGCAGGUGGUCGAGAUGCGCGAGCUGAGUGCGCGCUUCACCACUGACGUCAUCGCGUCCGUCGCGUUCGGCGUCGAGGUGAACUGCCAGCGCAACCCGGAGGCGGCGUUCAGGCAGUGGGGCCGCCGCAUCUUCAAGCAAAACUUCCGCAACACGCUCAACUCCGCCCUCACGGCCAUCAACCCCAAGCUGCUCACCCUCACACUGGAGUGCUGCAACGCUCUGUGUUUGACGAGUCCCAAGAGCAACUUGACUGAGGUGUCGCACUACUUCCGCAAGAUGGUGAGCGACACGGUCAAGUACAGGGAGGACAACGGCGUGACGAGAAACGACUUCAUGCACCUGCUGAUCCAGCUGAAGAAUGUGGGCUGCGUCGACAGCGACCGGCCGGGAGCAAACAAGCAAAAGGACGAGGACGACAAGUUGAGACUGUCCAUUGAUGAAGUCGCUGCCCAGGCGUUCGUCUUCUUCAUCGCGGGCUUCGAGACGUCCUCGACUACCAUGAGCUUCGCCCUCCACGAACUCGCCUACCAUCCGAAGGAUCAAGCGCGUCUGCAGACGGAAAUCGACGCAGUUCUGAAGCAGCACGGUGGGCAAAUCACCUAUGAGGCAGUUAAUAGCAUGCCCUACCUCGAAAAAGUCGUUGCAGAGACGCUGAGGAAGUACCCGCCGGUGAUGAUACUCAACAGGGAGAGCAACGCCGAGUACCGGAUUCCCGACACGGACGUAGUGCUCGACAAGGGCACCCCCAUCAUAAUUCCGGUGUACGGCCUGCACCACGACCCCGACAUCUUCCCGGACCCUGAGCGCUUCGACCCCGAGAGGUUCUCCGAGGAGCAGAAGGCCCAGAGACACCCCUACGUCUACCUGCCGUUCGGAGAGGGGCCUCGCAUCUGCAUAGGCAUGCGGUUUGGCCUGGUGCAAACGAAGGUGGGCCUUAUAAACAUACUGUCGAGGUACAGCGUUGAACCCAGCGAGAAGAGCGUUCGCCAUCUGUCCCUGGAACCGAGGACUUUCCUGAUGACACCCAAGGGCGGGAUACAGCUGAGGCUCAGCAGGAGGCCUGCAGCGUAG